GCGGGCGGAGGCGGCCGGCGGGCAGGAAGGCGCCAUGGCGGCUGUGGCCCAGUGCGUGCGGGGUGCGCUGCGCCCGCGCCUCCCGCUGCUGAGCGUCGCGCUGAGAACAUCUCCACGACUGCUUUGUGUAGCAACACAGCAGAAAAAUACUGGCCAGAACUUGGAAGAUGACCAGAGUCAGAGCCAAAAUGAACAGAAGGUGGAACCCAGCUCUGCUGAAAAACUGCUAGCUGAAGAAAAGGCCAAACUGGAAGAACAACUAAAAGAAGUUACUGAGAAGUACAAGCGUGCCUUGGCAGAUGCAGAAAACGUGAGGCAAAGAAGCCAGAAACUGGUAGAAGAGGCAAAGUUAUACGGGAUCCAGAGCUUCUGUAAGGACUUACUAGAAGUUGCAGACAUUUUGGAGAAAGCAACAGAAAGCGUACCAAAAGAAGAAAUUAAAGAUGAAAAUCCUCACUUGAAGAGCUUAUACGAAGGUCUUGUCAUGACAGAAAUGCAGAUUCAGAAAGUGUUUAAAAAGCAUGGCCUGCUCAGACUGAACCCUGUCGGAGCCAAGUUCGACCCCUACGAGCACGAAGCGCUGUUCCACACGGCCGUGGAGGGGCAGGAGCCCGGCACCAUCGCGCUGGUUUCCAAGAUCGGCUACAAGCUGCACGGGCGCACGCUGCGGCCCGCCCUGGUGGGGGUUGUGAAGGACGCUUAGCUGCUCAAGCUGAGAGUUCCAAAUGCCAUACAACUAUUAAACAGCUGGAUGGUUUUCCUCUCACACCGUGCUUCCCUUGUUCCUCUGCCCCGAGAGGUUUAAAUGAGUUGGUUGAGGUCUCCCAGUGAAAAUGAAGUAACCGAUGAAAAUCUCCUGCUUAGUGGCCUUCCACAUCACUGUUCCAUAAGCUCUUCUUCAGUGUGAACUACAUGAGCCAUUAAGCCCUCUAAUGCUUUAGAUUAGACAAUGUUUUUUACAACUAUUGCUCCUGAGACGGUGAAUUAAAUUGAAAAGAAUGAGAUGCUCACUAGAAUGGUGCAAUUUGAAGUUUAUCACCGUGUGUAGAUUUAAAAUGCAGAUAGUGGUUCAAACACUUCCUUUGGCUUUGUAAAAUCUCACAUUGCAGAAGUGGGUGAUGUAGUACAAAUAACCUACCUUCUGCAAGCACCCAUCAGCUUUUACACACUGAUGCGAUAAAUGGCCUGUUUUGUCUAUUCAAAAAUAAUCUCAACAAAUGAAACUGAAACCCGUGUGAAUUCUGAACUGUAAAUAAAUAGCAGUGGAGAUUAGAUAUCUUUUGUAACUGUUCAACCUUUUUGUCCUGUACUGACAUUGAAUCAAGAAAACCAUCUAAUAUUUGUAUGGCAUUGAAGAACCAAUGGAAUUUAUCCUAUCUCUGGAUUUUUAAUUUAAUGUUAUAUAAAUUGGUUUAAACAAUUUUUAUAGUCUUAUAACUUCCAGCUUUGCAAUCAGUUUGUUACGCAAACUGUAGUUACAAUCCUGAUGAGAGCCAGAACACCCAAAGUGAGUUGCUGAGAGUUUGGUAUAUGAUUUCUUUUAGAGUUACAUAAAUAACUGCAUGUAAGUGGCUCAAACAAAAGUGUGAACUUAGUUUCAUUUUCUUUAUUUCUUACAUGUACUCAGCUUGGAUAUUAGGUUGCACCAGAAUUUUUCUCCAUGCAGCUCUUGCCCUGUCUAACUGCACCUGCUGCUCCAAAUCCUGCAGAAUCAGGAUAAAAUACAGUACACGAUUUGUCACCUGGAUAGGAGUGGGUGGAACCUGGCAAAUUACACAACUGACAAAGGAUCUAUGCUCUUGUAUUCUGAAAGCUCAUAUUAACACACAGGACAGAAUCUUCAAACUUAGGAAGUUAUUAGGUCCUGUAAAAAGUAAGUACUUAAGAAUUUUUUACUACGUUUCUGGUUAUUGUGGAUUAAGGAGCUUCUUACCUUAAAAUCAGGUAUUGAUUAUAUUUUUUGUGGUUCAGAUACAGAGUUGCCAGGAGCUUACUGAAUGCUGGACCUACUCAUGGUGAGAGGUGAUUACUCAUUCCUAAAGACAUUUUUCCCAAUGCUGGGUUGUCAUGGGAAUUAAACAGUUAACCAGGAACAGCCUAAGUGCAUAAAACUGAGGGUUAGUCAUGUUAAUCAUAUUUAAGGAUUCAUUCUUUAUCAACCAUGUGAAAGAAUGCUUCAACUGUGCAGAGGAAGGAGAAUAAUUUUUGGAUGUGUGAAGACAACUACAAUGCCAGUUUUUUUAAACUAAUCAAGUACAGGGGGAAAAAUGCAAAGAUCAAGUUUAAAAAUAAAUUGGGAGAAAAGGGGAUUUCAUAUACUGAAGUUGAAUUUGGAAGUCUCUUUCCUCCCUGUGGGUUUAAGAGCACACUGUAGUUGUGUGAAGUAUGAUUGAAGAAACAGUUUUGUUGCACUUUGAUUAGAACCUGUUCUCAUAACUGAUCUCAAAAAAAGGGACCAGGUUCUAUUUUAUAUACCUUUAAAGAAUUGUCAUGCGUUAUGUCCCCCUCAGUCCCUCUGAAUCUAAACUAAAUGUAAUAAUAAUGUCCUUAGUAUAGAAGUUUUUGUAAUAGAGAGUUAAAGGGACACAUUGUUCCCCAGCAGAUGAUUUUGUUAAUGAGUUUCCCAAUGCUUCACACAAACUAUAAUUUUUGGGCUACAUCACUUAAUUUGGGGUGUUCUUAAGCACAAGCUCCUGUUAAAUGUUCAGCACAAGAGUAAUCUUUAAAGCUGCUGAGUUUCAUUUAAGUGGUUGCCCUUCCCUGGGUUACUCUUAGAAAGGAUUUGGCUGGGAGUGGGUCAGUCUGGAGAGCUCCAAUCACCAGUGCACUUUGCCAUAGCGCAGGGAGGCGCACUGAAGAAAUCAAGGAACAGAGGAAAGGCUGAAAUUUAAGCACCUGACAAAGCUCUGGCCUGUACUAGCUAUCUCAUACACUACAUUUCCACCCAUCACACUUAGCUGCAAUGCAUCUCCAGUUAUUAAUACAAAGACUUAAGCCAUUUUCCUCACUGCCCAAGCUACAUUAUUGUUAAAUCAAUUGUGGAAAGAAACUUUAAUACAAGUUUAUUUGCCAAUACACAAUGCAAAAAUCUAGUAAAAUGCUGUGUGCACAACA